CUCCCAAAUUCUACCAAAAUCCCCCAAUCAAUGCAAUCACAAUGGAAAAUCCCCCAAAAUUCUACGGCUUCCACACCUUCGCAGAGCCCGGCUGCCCCAUCACCCUCACCGCCUCCUUCCGAGACAACAUCCGCCACUUCCUCCAAGAAUGCGCCUCCACCGAGGCUUCCCUUAUCGACGGCAUGCCUAUUUGGCGCACGUUUCUCGUCUACGAGGCCAAAUCCGCGGUUCUCCCCCUUUACACAGUCGAAGAAAACGCAGAGGAUUCCGAUCGCCCAUUCUGCGAUUACUGCCGCUGUGUUGGAUGGAGCCAUCACUUUGUAUUGAAGAGGAAAUAUCAUCUGAUUAUCCCGGCGAAUGAUCAGUGGGAUGAUCCGAUUGAUGAACGCGUUUUUGACCUGCAAACACACCUCUUGCACGGCUUGAUCCAUUGCAAUGGCUUCGGGCAUUUGAUUUGCAUCAACGGGAUUGAAGGCGGUUCCAAAUUCAUCUGUGGUAGAGAGACUAUGGAUCUAUGGGAUCGAAUUUGUACUUCUCUUAGUGUUAGGCAAAUUACGGUGGAAGAUUUGUCGAAGAAGCACAAAAUGGAGCUCUGGUUGCUUCAUGGAGUUGCGUACGGUCAAUCCUGGUUCGGUAUAUGGAGGUACUGGUUCUGCCACGGGAGUUUUGGGGUAAAUGAGCACAACUACAGAAGUGCGAUUGAUCUUCUAAGCUCGUUGGAGCUCGACCGAAUAAUUGUCGAUUUCAGUUUUGUGAAGGCUUGCUUUGAUAUCAAACAGAUGAUUCAGUACUACAGAGACAAGAGUGGCAGCAAUUUGACAUACGACUACGGGCCAUACGAGGGCUCCUUUGUGGAAGAGUCAUUUGUCUGAUGUUGGUUGUGCAUAAGAAUUGAUGAAGUAUUGACAACAUUUUGUCAAAUCAAGAAAGUGUAGCUGUAUGUUUGUUUACAAAGAAUUGAAUGAAUUCUACAAAACUAUUGUGGUUGUAUAAGUAA